AUGGCAAAAUAUCUUACACCCGAAGAUGUUGCAAUCACCAAAGCUUGGAUAAGCAUUACACUUGAUGGUGUUGCCGGAGUUGAUCAAAAAUUAAACCAGUUUUGGGAGCGGGUAUUCGAUACCUAUGUAAGCAUCUUUGGGAAUAAAAAUGACAGAACUGUUCCUAAGUUGCAAAAUAGAUUUGGUACCUUGAAAAAAGAUGUCAAAAAAUGGGUUGGAAUCUUAAGAAAUUUGCAUCGAAACAAUGCAAACGGAUGCGGAAUUGAUGAUCUUGUGUACCGACUUUUCAAAUCCCAUGUUCUCGGAUUCAAUCCCGAAGAAAUUGGUCCUACUCAAAAUGUGGAAGAUGAAUCAGAUGCUCCUAGUGUUAAUGCUUCAACAAGUAGUGCUCCCGCAAGAAGCGACCCAAGAUGGCAUGAAGAGGAUGGCCCUCGUCGACCAACGGGAAAUAUGGCUCAACAAAGGGAAGCUUCAGAGCUAUCGUCCAUCAACGACGGAACCGAGCGUAUUUUGAAACAUUUUAGUGAAGAGAAUGCAAAGAAGAUGGCAAGAUUGGAUGGACAAGAAGAAUAUUUAUUAACUAUUGCGGAGACAAAAAAGAAAUCUGUGGAUUUGGCUUUGGAGAAACAUGAACUCGAAGUGUUGGAUGUGGUGGUUGAGACCUUGCCGGAAUGGAAGCAGCAAUUUAUGUUGGAUAAACAAAAUAAGAUUUUGAAAAAACAUGGUUAUCCUCCUAGAACACUUGGUUAUCCUAGCACUAGCAAUGAUCGUCAUUUCAAUAUAUGA